ACGCGAGUGUCAACUUGGCCUGGUGUGUGUGUACUUGCUGUGUGAGACUUAUAGCACACAACAUGGCGGCCAGUGGCUGUGGCGGAGGGGGGAACACGGAAAUCGGAUCAAAAUUGAGUUUGAAUUCGUUGGAUUUAAGUGAAUUCGUGAGGACCUUCGCUCUACCUGAGUGUGUUUGUGUGACGGACGGAAGUUACUUGAGUAAAACCGUGCAGAUUUCAAAAGGGGACGUUAUCCUUCUCAAGUCCUGCGACCCCGUUAGGAGAGUUACCGUGUCGUACAAGGAUGAAGGUUCCCGUUCUUGGACCGAGGUCCGGCUUCCCUUGGACUACCCCCACAAAUUUUUGGUCCUACCCCCGAAGGACUCCGGGUCGGAUAACCGAGCGGUGUCCAUGAUCUCCUACCCGACGGUGUCGGAUUUACUACUAGACAGCCCGACGUAUUUCGAGGCGACGACCCUCUAUGAAGAUCCUUACCUUCCAGGUCAUUCGGUCAAGCCCGGGGAUAGGUUUAGGUUUGUGGAGAUCGUUAAGGAUUUAAAAGACGGUCAAGAUGGGUUGAAGGUGAAAGACGAGAAUGGACAUUACAUCACUUUGUCCUCCGAGUGCCGGGGUAAUUUUUUCCCUCUGAAAGACGAGCGUGAGUACUCACUCAAGGAGCUGAUAGAACUCGCUCCCGUGCAGCGGAGGUUGAGGCUCGUCGAGGGUGAUUCACGCGCCGGUGUAAAAAUAGCACCGGAAAUUUCCGAUGAGUACACGGCUGUGAUCAAACCAAAAAAACUUUUAGAUUCGUCGUUUUCGUCGUCGGUGUCUUCUUUAGGCGAGGGCGGAGAUUCCCUCCCCGCCGGGUAUACGGGCGUGGUCCAUCUCCAGAAACCCGAGCCCAUGUUACUCGUGUCCCCGUACAAUGACCCCGACACGGUGUGGAACAUUCCUAUCUCAUCCAACCUCUGGGUCAGGCCUUACUCGGAAGACGAGUACGAAGUUCCGGCCCCGAAGAAAAUAACCCACCCCCUUGUUCCGUUACCGCUCCCCGCGUCUUCCCAUGACCAACCCCCUCCCUUCCAAGCCCCCAGUGACUCACCCGCUCCGCCUAAGCUGGUCCCUUUAAAGAUCACCAGCUUCGUUGACGCUCACCUGCCGUCUUUUCCGGUCAAGGCCAAAGUUCUCGACACCACAGAGGCGAGUCCGUUUUUCAGAAAAAUUCUGAGAAACGUCGAUGACGUCAUCGUGUACCGUGUGGACGAAGCGAAACGCCUGUUCGUGAAAGACGCGAAAUCUGACAAUGUAUUCAGCCUUUCACACGAUCUAAAACUCUCCUUCAUCGAGUAUCCGGAAAAAUUCAAAACGGUUCUAAAUCUGCUCCAUCUGCCAGCCGGCACUGAGGUUACAGUUCUAGAAGACAUUGCCGCCGAUUUCCCCAAACCGUUUUCGUUAAGAUUCGGCGAUAUCUUACGCAUCGCUGCCAACAAUCCUUACUUCAUCAAGAUGAAACAUGCCGCUCGGGACUGCGAGGUUCUCAAAUGUUUCAGAUUAGACCCCGACGGCGGAGAACCCACAAAACUAAAACUGCCGUUAGAUUUUGAAAUCAACAUGGCCAUCACCACCGACCACAGCAGCAGGAAGAUGGUAACACUCCAAGACCUACUUUCCGGCGCGGCGCCUAUCCCUAAGCAAGAGGUCGCGUCUUUCCCUGACGCGUCUGAAAGUGACAUUCUCAAAGAAUUACCAGUUGAUGUUCAGAUUCUGAAAUCGAUGAAAGAAUUGUUCCUUGUUGUACAAUCCAAAAAACCUGUUCAUACACCUUCUUCGACUUGGUCGCGAAAAGCAAAAACAUCGUUAUUUUCACCCAAACAGAAAACUGAAGCUCCGUUGCCCUGUGAAGCAGCGACAAACCCCCUGCCAUCUCCAAAAGACGAACUACCGUGCGUGGUUUCAGAUAAAGCACCAGAACGACAUAAAAACAUCGGUCUUCCUGUAAACAGCGGGCUAGUUCUGGGGUAUGUGGAGCGUCUGGACAUCUUCGAGUUGGACGUGGAGGCGUCCGAGGCAGACUACAUCCGGGCGCCCAUAGAGAGGAUGACCAUGGCGGAGUACGAGGAGCGAGAGAGGCUGAGGAAGCUGAACAUUGAGUACGAGGAUGUGGAGUUCGGAUCCAACAGCACGCUUGAUGAGACGGGAGAGAGGGGGCAUCUACCGAGGGCUGGGUCCACUGGGCUUUUGGAGAGGAAAGAGAAAAAGACAAAAAUGGAUAAAGUCCGGAGAUUCAGCAAGGCGCUGAACCCGAAACACUGGCGGCAGCCCAAAGCUGAACCCGAGCCUUUGCCCCACCCCUCAGCCAUGGGACUCAUGGCCCUAGCUUCUCGACUUCAGGAGGGAGAAGGUAACGAGUACCAACACCAGCAGAUCGACUCGAGGUCAUCCACAAUGAGUACAUCGUCUGGUAGGGAAAUCUCCAGUGGUGAAGAAGUAGAAGAAAACUUUUAUGAAGAUGUUGAAAUAGGCCCAGUGAAAGCUGCUACGUUUGCCGCCCCGCAAGCACGGCAGACUGGUGCAUUUUCAAGUGCAACACACAGAUCAUUACCUAUGCCAAAACUUCCACCUCGACUGCUAUCCAGUAAAAACUCCAACAGCAGGCACGGUGCUAGAAAUCUGGAAGAUGCUGACACAGCAUCGGGACCACUGCCAGUCACACGAGUGGCCAGUUACGAAGAACAAUCAAACCUGACAAAAGCCAAGAAUUGGGCGACUAGCCUCACUACCAAAUUCAGUAUGAAGCCUAAGGUUGAAACACCGGGCAAAACAAAGCAUGGGAAAGAAGACAUGGAGAAAAACAACCAUACACAGUCACUGAGAGAGUCACCCAUGUCUAGAAGCUCUACUGCUCAGGCAGAAGGAACUCCAUUGAGGUCGACAUCAAGAGAACAGGUUAAUGACAAUGCUUCCACAAAAAAAUCUUCCAAUGACUCUGUAACAAACAGACAUCAGACUUCCAAUGAGAAGACUCCCAGUGAGACUGGCGCAAUGUCACGCCCUGAAAAUAAACAAAAACCUGUUGCCGCAAUAGAAAAAGAUAAUGAACCUGCUCCUAUCGCACCUAAAAGAAGAAAAGCGAUGAAAUUAAAUGCAGAAAAAAAUGGCUCAGGAAGCGAUAUUAAAGAUUCUGAUGUAAAAGUUGAAAAUUUAGCUCAUGGUAAUUCUAUUCCGAGCAAGGACGAUACAGAAAGCAAUAAAGACAAACGUGUUGAACAUAGUAAGGCACAUGACACCAAUGGUUCUAGUCUAGAACCCAAACAUGAAAGUGACAAACCAGCCAGCUCCCCUGAGGCCAAUGGUAAGGCAGAGCCCCCUAGGCCUAAGCCUCGGAACAUAAAUAAAACUUUAAUGGCAGCGGAGGUGUCCAAUCCACCUUUGCCACCUCGCGGGGAACCUGCCCCAAGGAUCAAAAAGUUGUUAAAAAGUGUCGACUUACCCAGCAACAACACUGUUGCCAAACCAGUAAACCCAACACGGACAACUGAUGCAGAUAUUUCAAGACCUCCACGACCACCUCCAAAACCUCGUGUCUCACAACACAGUGAAGUUUAGUUUUCUAAUAGUGUUUGACAACUGAUUAUGAUGAUGUUAAAUAUUGAUUACUAAAAAAUUCCAUUGAUGUUUUUUAUUGAAUUAGUUAUAAUCAACCCAUGAAUGUUUAUUAAUUGGGCAUCACAUAUUCGUUUCAGAAAAAACGGACUCUUCAAUUUCAAAUUAAAUUAUCAAAUAAAACUAUUGCAGAAUAGUUAAAAAAUAAAUGUUCAAAAAUAAGGUUUAUAACGGGGUUGCCUGGGAGGAAAAUUAGAUGUAUUAUUAUAAUCUCAGAUAAUUGUUGUAUUAAGUAUAGAAUUGUUGUCAACUUCUGUGAUUUUUGUAAUAAUGGGAUUAAUUUUUUUCUCUGCAUAAUAACUGUUCGAUCUAAAAGAAUUUCUUUAUAUUAUUUUAUUAUAUUUAAAAAUAAAAAUCUUAAAUGUUUAUUCAAUUAAAACUUUCCUGGACAUAAAAUAUGGAAGAAUAGAAUGAAUUGACAAAUAUUUUAAACUGGGAUUGUCAAAGUUUUAACAAUGUUGAGAUCUUGUUGCAAAUUUGUGUGUGAUUCAAAUGUUUUGUUUUAUAAUUUAAUGUGCAAAGAGUAGAAAAAGUUCCCAGUUAUACUACUAUAUCAAAUUUAACUUGCAAUUAGUGAAUAUAUAGAAAGUAAAUAAUUUUUUCAUUCAAUUAAGUAACAUUUAAAAAAAAUUCUAUUACUGUUAAGCUUUCAUUUUUUUAAAACUGUAAAUAAUCUUUAGUUUCACACUUUAAUUACUUAAAGAAUGUAACUAUUUU